CCCAGUCCAGCCAGACUUCUCUCUCCCUCCCCUUUCCCUCUGUUGCGCAGCACUGCGAGACUGGCGCACUAUACUCACUAUGGCAUCCACCGCAGCACGGACUCUCUUAGUGCUUUUCGUCACCUUCUGUGCAUCAAGUAUUGGAUUAACAGCCGACAAGCCCCUGCGGCCGCGGAACGUGCAGCUGACGUUGGUGGACAAGGGCCUGAGGGUAAGCUGGGAACCUCCCAACGAGCUGGACGGUCGGCCGGUGGACCGCUACACCAUUGGCUAUGGCAAGUCCAUGAGGACACUCCGCUUCAUCAAGGUGGACAAGGACAGACGGUCCGAGGUACUGGAGGAUGUAGAGCCCGGAGUUCUGCACUUUCUCAAGAUGAGUGCCGAGAACAAGGAGGGGAUAAGCAAACCUGUGUACAGAGCAGAGACGCCAGGAGGUGGUGAAUGGGUCAAACUGGACGGCUUUGCAGUGGUGGGCGGAGCACCUGUCAACGCAUCCUCUCCAGCUCGUCCAUCUCCUACUCCAGACAUGUGGCCCAGGGCUAACUCCCCUGUCAGGAUCCCUGUGAGCACAGGAAGAGGAUCAGUGGUUGAUGGGGUGGUGCACCCGUCAGGCCUGACCUCCUCCAGGGGGCAGCGGAUCCAGAGACCCCCCCAAUCAUCCUCCGGCCCUCGUCAGCCAGAUAGGGCCAGGGCAGGGACACCCCUGCUGGACCAGAGGUCCCAACACCACCACCACCACCACCACACCCAGCCACAGGCUGACCAGAGAAACAGACACAACCCCAAACUAGCGUCUGAGUCCAUCUAUGUGGUAUCACUGCAGGCAAAGAGAGCCACGGGGCGGAGCGUGCCAAGCAACAGGGCCACCCUCACCAAAAAAACUCCCCCAGAGCCUGAGGAGUAUGAGGCCAAAGACAUCGGUGUGAGGGUCAUGUCCCCUCAGUCUGUCCUCAUCAGCUGGGUGGACCCGGCCAUCGAGAUGGAGAAGGUCCUACCUGGUGGCUCCAGACACUACACAGUGAAGUACAGGGAAAAGGGUGAGUCUGCUCGAUGGGAGUACAAGGAGACCAACCAGAGGAGGCUGCUGAUAGAUACCCUGUCAGCUGAUGGGAUGUACGAGUUCUCCGUCCGAAUCUCCCAGGGAGACAACCACAGCAAGUGGAGCGUGUCCGUGUUCCAGAGGACCCCAGAAUCUGCUCCCUCUGGUCCUCCGGAGAACUUUGAUGUGAAGCCACUGAGAGGGAAGGGAACCGCUGUCACGGCGACCUGGGACCCACCUGAGGAACCCAACGGGAGGAUACGAGAGUACAUAAUGUCCUAUGCUCCUGCCAUGAAACCCUUUGGGAUGAAGUCAGUGACAUACCGCGGCAGCACCACCUCAGCCAUCAUAGACGGCUUCCAGCCUGGGGACCUCUACAUCUUCAAGAUCAGAGCCACCAACAGGAGGGGCCAGGGCCCCCAGACCAAAGCCUUUAGAGUAGCCAUGCCUGGAGGCACCGCCAGCAGUGCUGCCUCCUCGCCAACUCAAGGUGGCCGUAGAACCAGCUACACCCCCUCUCAGACGUCCAAACAGGACAGUUACCAUGACCAUGACCAUGACGAUGACGUCAACCUCCAAUUAGAAGACGUGACCAAGGAGCCGACCACACCCACUCAGACCACAUCUGCCCCGCCCACCACCAGACGGACACGCCCCCUCACCAAGACACGCUCCCAUCACAGCAUCUCCUCAGAUGUGAGGGGCACGGUCAGGAACAGGGCGACCAAUCAGCGACUAGGAGCCGGUACCUCUUCAGCCAGAGACAAGGGGAGAAAGACAGAAACAGCGGAUGAACAGGAGGAGGGGAACAAAACAACAGAAACCACCCGAGAAGAAGAGGAGGAGAAGCUCACUAACGAAGACGUGGAGGAGAAGAAAGAAGCAGUGACUCAGAACAAUGUUGUUCCUUCUACACCUGAGGACAAGGGCUAUGUCAGAGGGAGAGGUAAAGGGAAGGAUGUAGAUGAGCCCUCCAGACCCAGCCUCAAAACAGAAGUUCCCUCAUCAGAGGGCUCCUCAUCAUCAUCUAAACCCUCCUCCCCUCUCCGCAAACCUCUCUCUGGCAGACGCAUCAAUUCUGGUCGGAGACCAUUCUCCCGGACAUCAGUCUCAGGGUCAGUGUCCCAGUCAAAGACACAGGAUGCAGAAAAGGACAGCACCUCCUCAUCCUCCUCAUCUUCUUCGUCCUCCAGCCCAUCCCCCAACGAGGAGUCUGCAGCCAUCAGGAAGGACGACACUGUCACCAACUACUCCCAGGGCAAAAACACCUACGACCAGCCAAGUGUCACAGCGGCCAAACCCUCCACCUCAACCCCUACCCCAAACCAGGCCGUCUCAGAGCCCAAGACCGAGGCACCAUCUGUGGGAAGAGGAUCUGCUCUCCCGGGCCGUGGAUAUGGUUAUGGCAGGCGGAAACCCGGGAUCCUGUCUCGGGGGAAUCCAAAUGGCCGAGUUCUGACUGUACUCAGCAAACCUGGGUCAGACUCGACUUCCACCGGCAUGUCCCAGUCCACUCUACCAACCGAAGGCAAGAUCUCAGAAACAUCACACACUCACGGCUCACACACUCCUAACACACAGCACUUAACACACCACCAGGACAAUAAUGACUACAACGACUACAAAGUCACAGAGGCAGAGGCCACCAAAGAAGAAGAACCCACUUCCAGUUCCCGGACCAUUUCCACUACACAUUCUUCUGAGGACAGGAGACAGGACAAGAGAAAUUCCAAGACACCUGCUCCCCCUGCCUCCAGGAUGAACCCCUUUGUGAAACGGCCGCAGAGCAGGUUCGGAACAGGGAUGGGGAGCGGUAGCAGGGUGUCUUCCCCCCGGGCAGACGGGAGGGUUCCCUGGAGCAGGACAGGCUCCUCAUCCUCUGUUGGGGCAGGAAGACCCAUCCUGAGAGGAUUCCCCUCUAGGACAGCUGCCUCGGGGGCAGCAUCUGCCUCGGGGGCAUCAAGGACCUCAGCAGUGCAGGAGACCAGUGAGGAUGCUAAACAACCCUCCACCCUCUACCCGUUAAAGAACGGGGUGGGGGCUGGGGCACUUAAACCCUCUCUGCCCAACAGGAAUACCGUUCGAGGUGAAUCUAGGAAUCCCAUCACCUCCUCUUCCUCUUCUUUCUCCUCAUCCUCCUUCAACUCCUCCUCUAGUAGUCGUAGAGACUCCAGUGAGCCCAUCCACAGAGGAAGCAGCACCAGGAAGGACAGCAGUAAUGACCAUAAGGAGGACUAUCUCUACAAGGGGAGUAAGGAGAUGUAUGAGUGGAAUGAAAAAGUCACAGACCCAACCACCGCCCCCAAAACUACUGCCACCACUACCACUGCCACCACUACCACUACCUCAGCCCCAACUACCGCCCGCAGGGUGCCCCAGAGUGGGGCCAACGAGAGUGUGGACAGGGAACCCACUCCUGGUAGAACCAGGCCCGGUUUCGUCCCUGGUUCUAUGCUCCCCCGCCGUACCAUUAUAGGUCCCAACGGGAGGGUGCGAUCUCCCCUGCUCACAAACGGUCAGACAAGAUCUAGGUUCCCCAUUAGAGCACAACCAGCACAGAGCACACGGUUAGGUUCCUCUAACACAAACACAUCAUCUUCCUCUUCUUCCUCUCCCUCCUCUAGUCUGUCGCAGCCAGAUCACGGGGUUAGCGGGGCUGCUAGUGUUAGCACUGGAGGCUCCACCCCUUCCCUCUCUCGCCCCUCCCUCAGACAGACCUCCAUUGGCGGCAGCCAGGGAUCUCAAGGCUCCUCUUCCUCCUCGUCAUUCUCAUCCAGAGACACUGUGGUGGGCCAGGGUACAAGGACGCGCUACCCCAGCCGGUCAGACCCCCAUCUCAGGAGUAAAACCCCCAGCGGAGGCCUCAAGCCCGGCUACGGAAAUGGUAAAAAUGGCCGCCCCAAUCUCACAGCGACCAGUGACAAAGAGUCCAGCACAUCCAAUGACAACACCAAACCUAAUGGAAGAAGGUACAUCACUGGGCCCGAUGGAGCCAAAUGGGUGGUGGACUUGGAUAAGGGGGUUCUGAUGAACGAGAAUGGCAUGGUUCUCCAGGACUCUCAGGGCCAACCCAAGAGGGUGGUUCUGGGAGAGGACGGACGCACCAUCUUCGACCACCAGGGCAGCCCAUUAGUGAACCAGGAGGGCCAGGCUCUGUUUGGUCACGGCCGGGAAAGCCAACCGGUGGUCAACCCCAAAGACAAGUUCCUGACCGUGGGUGGCAAACCCAUCAUUGGCCUGGACCGGGCUCAACCAAGGACCACAACCACAACCAGACCUCCUACUACGACCACACCUGAACCGACAACGCUACCAAGCACCACUGAAAUGUCCACAGAGGAGACUAUAACCAUGCCGGUGUUCCCGACCUGUCCUCCCGGCACAUUUUUGAUCAGGGAUGAGGAGGGAUUCCCAAUGCUGGAUGCUGAUGGCAUCCUGGACUGUUAUCCUGAAGAGGAAUCCUCGGGAAUGGAAACGGACUCUAUGGAUGAGUUGUUGUGGCAGACCACCCUGCCCCCCACGCUGCCCCCCACCACCACCACGACAGACCACCCCGCCCCUGAACCAGACACCAGGCCCUUCAACAAUAGCCCCUCCAAUGAGUUCGACCUCGCCGGGAAGAAACGCUUCACAGCUCCGUAUGUGAACUUCAUCCAGAAGGAUCCGGGAGCUCCGUGCUCGCUGACGGAGGCUCUGGAAUACCUACAGGUGGACGUCCUGGAAAACCUGUUCAAGAAAGACAGCCUGGCUUCUAAUCAGAAACAGCCGCCCAAAAACAAGCCCCACAACAUCACGGUGGUCGCCAUGGAAGGCUGUCACUCAUUCGUCAUCCUGGACUGGGCCAUCCCACUGAAGGAUGACAUGGUGUCAGGCUACAUGGUCCACAGUGCCUCAUACGAUGACGUCCUCAACAACAGGUGGUCCUCCAGUGCAUCCAGCGGCUCACAUCUGGCUGUAGAAAACCUCAAACCUAACUCCAGGUACUACUUCAAAGUCCAGGCGAAGAAUGUCUUUGGGCUGGGACCGGUCAGCGAUACAUUCACCUAUGUCACUGAGUCAGACGACCCUCUUCUUAUUGAACGACCACCUGGUGGAGAGCCUAUCUGGAUUCCCUUUUCCUUCCGAUACAACCCCCAGCACAGUGCCUGUAAGGGCAGCCAGUACGUCAAGAGGACAUGGUACAGAAAGUUUGUAGGUGUGGUCCUGUGCAACUCACUGAGAUACAAGAUCUUCAUGGGAGAUGGGCUGAAAGAAACAUUCUACAGUAUAGCAGACACAUUCGGUCAUGGGGAGGACCACUGCCAGUUUGUAGACUCUUACCUAGAUGGGAGGACAGGCUCCCCCAACCUCUCACUGCAUCUGCCAACAGCACAGGGUUACUAUCGCUCAUACAGGCAGGAGCCAGUGAACUUUGGACCUAUCGGCCGGCGUACGCCACAUCUCUUCGGUGGAUGGUAUGAGUGCGGGGUGCCUAUCCCUGGCAAGUGGUAACACAGGGGGUCACAAAGAGGUCGUCAUCGAGGGCAACCCGACUCCAUCCUGCUGCAGCCUUUCUCGUGCUGUUACUGACCCCACCCCCUGGAGAUAAACUUUUGCUAACCACAGCAGAAAGACAACAACAUUCCAAAUUUAUACUACUUCAGAUUGAAGAGAAUAUAAUACUUUAAACAACAACUAAUAUUUCCAUGUAUUCAUUAACAUGCACUUUUAUAAAAGCAGUCUGUAUAUGAGGGAGGAAAAGCAUGUACAGCGGCUUGCGAAAGUAUUCACCCCCUUGGCAUUUUUCCCAUUUUGUUGCCUGACAACCUGGAAUUAAAAUGUAUUUUUGGGGGGUUUGUAUCAUUUGAUUUACACAACAUGCCUACCACUUUGAAGAUGCAAAACAAGAAAUAAGAAAUAAGACAAAAAAAUGGAAAACUUGAAAAUGUGCAUAACAAUUCAGAACCCCCCCCCCCCCCCAAAAUCAAUAUUUUGUAGAGCCACAUUUUGCUGCAAUUACAGCUGCAAGUCUCUUGGGGUAUGUCUCUAUAAGCUUGGCAGAUCUAGCCACUGGGAUUUUUGCCCAUUCUUCAAGGCAAAACUGCUCCAGCUCCUUCAUUUUGGGUGGGUUUCGCUGGUGUACAGCAAUCUUUAAGUCAUACCACAGAUUCUCAAUUGGAUUGAGGUCUGGGCUUUGACUAGGCCAUUCCAAGAUAUUUAAAUGUUUCCCCUUAAACUACUCGUGUUUCUUUAGCAGUAUGCCCUAGGGUCAUUGUCCUGCUGGAAGGUGAACCUCUGUCCCAGUCUCAAAUCUCUGGAAGACCGAAACAGAGUUUCCUCAAGAAUUUCCCUGUAUUUAGCACCAUCCAUCAUUCCUUCAAUUCUGACCAGUUUCCCAGUCCCUGGAGAUGAAAACAUCCCCACAGCAUGAUGCUGCCACCACCAUGCUUCGCUGUGGGGUUGGUGUUCUCGGGGUGAUGAGAGGUGUGAGGUUUGCGCCAGACAUAGCGUUUUCCUUGAUCGCCAAAAAAGCAAAAUUUUUGUCUCAUCUGAUCAAAGCACCUCCUUCCAUAUGUUUGGGGAGUCUCUCACAUGCCUUUUGGUGAACAAGCAAUGGCUUUUUUCUGGUCACUCUUCCGUAAAGCCCAGCUCUGUGGAGUGUACGGCUUAAAGUGGUCCUAUGGACAGAUACUCCAAUCUCCACUGUGGAGCUUUGCAGCUCUUUCAGGGUUAUCUUUGGUCUCUUUGUUGCCUCUCUGAUUAAUGCCCUCCAUGCCUGGUCUGUGAGUUUUGGUGAGCGGCCCUCUCUUGGCAGGUUUGUUGUGGUGCCAUAUUCUUUCCAUUUUGUUAUAAUGUAUUUAAUGGUGCUCCGUGGGAUGUUCAAAGUUCCGGAUACCCAACACUGAUCUGUACUUCUCCACAACUUUGUCCCUGACCUGUUUGGAGAGCUCCUUGGUCUUCAUGGUGCCGCUUGCUUGGUGGUGCCCCCUUGCUUAGUGGUGUUGCAGACUCUGGGGCCUUUCAGAACAGGUGUAUAUGUGACAAAUCAUGUGACACUUAGAUUGCACACAGGUGGACUUUAUUUAACUAAUUAUGAGACUUCUGAAGGUAAUUGGUUGCACCAGAUCUUAUUUAUAGUAUAGUCUAAAAAAUAUAAUAAUUUCUUUAAACAAGUAAUUGUUUUCAUUUCACUUUACCAAUUUGGACUAUUUUGUGCAUGUCAAUUACAUGAAAUCCAAAUAAAAAAGCAAUUUAAAUUACAGGUUGUAAUGCAACAAAAUAGGACAAAUUCUAAAGGGGAUGGAUACUUUUGCAAGGUACUGUAUUGCUAUUGCUUAGUUUAACUUUUGUCUUCCGGAUCAGAAAGUGUCCUGGUUUAUUCCCGACUAUUCCCAACUAUUGCCGAGUCGGCCCCUGGCAUUAUCUAUCUCAUCAAAGUGCACCUGUGAUUACGAUAUCACUAAUGAAAUGGAGAACAUGUAAAAGACCAAAGCACAUACUUAACAGGAUUUGUAUGUGUGUUUAUUAUCAAUCAAGAUAUUUGGUUCAUAACAGUAGUAUGAUAGAGCAAUGGCUUUUGACAACUGCUUUUGGUGUCAGUUGUUUUCUGGUCAGUGUUGUUAUACUCUUUGGUAUUUGCGAGACGAUAUGAGAAGUUGGUGUGGAAGUGUUGUAUGUAUACGGACAUUGAAAAAAAUAUACCUAAUAUUUGCUCAGGAAUGGUUGGACAUUGAAUAAAGGUGCUAUGGAAACCAAGGACCCCCUAAACAGUUCAUUUGUUCAGAGAGGAUAUCUGAAUGGCCAGAUUUAAUGUCACAUACAGAAUAUUGUUUCCAUGUGUAGGGAAACUCAAACUGUUCAAACCUGAGCAAAUAUAUUCAGUUUCAGUUUUACUUGUUCAAUUUAGUUUCAUAACUUGUCAAAACUAUGUAUUACACAUUAAGGGACAUACAGUACCUUCAAAAAGUAUUCAGAUCUCCUGACUCUUUCCACAUUUUGUUACAGCCUUAUUCUAAGAUGGAUUUUAAAAAAUCCUCAGCAAUCUACACACAAUACCCCAUAAUGAUCAAGUGAAAACAGGUUUUAAGAAAUUUUAGCAAGAAAAAAAAAAAAAAAACUUAUAAACAUAACUAUUCAGACCCUUUGCUAUGAGACUCGAAAUUGAGCUCAGGUACAUAUUGUUUCCAUUGAUAAUCCAUGAACUGUUUCUACAACUUCAUUGGAGUCCACCUGUGGUAAAUUCAAUUGAUUGGACAUGAUUUGGAAAGGCACACACCUGUCUAUAAAAGGUCCCUCAGCUGACAGUGCAUGUCAGAGCAAAAACAAAGCCAUGAGGUCGAAGGAAUUGUCCGUAGAGCUCUAAGACAGGAUUGUGUCGAGGCCCGGUAAUGGGGAAGGAUACCAAAAAAUGUCUGCAGAAUUGAAGGUCCCCAAGAACACAGUGGCCUCCAUCAUUCUUAAAUAGAAGAAGUUUGGAACCGCCAACACUCUUCCUGGCCAAACUGAGCAAUCGGGGGAGAAGGGCCUUGAUCAAGGAGGUGACCAAGAAACCGAUAGUCACUCUGACAGAGCUCUAGAGUUCCUCUGUGGAGAUGGGAGAACCUUCCAGAAGGACAACCAUCUCUGUAGCACUCCACCAAUCAGGCCCUUGUGGUAGAAUGGCCAGACUGAAGCCACUCCUCAGUAAAAGGCACAUGACAGCCCGCUUGGAGUUUGCCAAAAAGCCCCUAAAGACUCUCAGACCCUGAGAAACAAGAUUCUCUGGUCUGAUUUAACCAAGAUUGAACUCUUUGGCCUGAAUGCCAAGCAUCACGUCUGGAGGAAACCUGGCAUGCUCCAUCCCUAUGAAGCAGGAUGGUGGCAGCAUCAUGCUGUGGGGAUGUUUUUCAGCGGCAGGGACUGGGAGACUAGUCAGGAUCGAGGCAAAGAUGAACGGAGCAAAGUACAGAGAGAUCCUUGAUGAAAACCUAGUCCAGAGCUCAGGACCUCAGACUGGGGUGAAGGUUCUUCCAACAGGACAACGACCCUAAGCACACAUUCAAGACAACGCAGGAGUGGCUUCGGGACAAGUCUCUGAAUGUCCUUGAGUGGCCCAGCCAGAGCCUGGACUUGAACCCAAUCAAACAUCUCUGGAGAGACCUGAAUAUAGCUGUGCAGAAACGCUCCCAAAUCCAACCUGACAGAGCUUGAGAGGAUCUGCAGAGAAGAAUAGAAGAAACUCCCCAAAUGCACUUGUGCCCAGCUUGUAGCAUCAUACCCAAAAAGACUUGAUGCUGUAAUCUCUGCCAAAGGUGCUUCAAUGAAGAACUGAGUAAAGGGUCUGAAUGUACAUGUAAAUGUGAUAUUUCAUUUUUAUUUUCAGAAAAAUAUCUAAAACCCUGUUCUUGCUUUGUCAUUAUGGGCUAUAGUGUGUAGAUUGAUGAGGAUUUUUGUAUUUAUUAUUAUCAAUUUUAUAAUAAAGCUGAAUACUUUCCGAAGGCA